CUCACGCCCGUCCUGUCAUUGAAGGAUCUUUUAUUUGUCAGGUCAUCCUGUCUGCUUUGACGCCGUCAUUACAAGGGUUAAUCAAGGUGCAGGAUGUACAGCUUCAUGGGUGGAGGGCUGUUCUGUGCAGGCGUGGGGAACAUCCUCCUGAUUGUUUCCACAGCAACAGAUUACUGGAUGCAGUAUCGUCAGUCCAGUAACCACAUGCACCAGGGCCUGUGGCGCUACUGCAUGCCUGGAAAAUGCUUCCCUCACAGCGACAGCGUCGCCCACCUAGACGCCACGCGCGCCCUCAUGAUCCUCUCUCUUCUGGCCUGUUUCAUCGGCAUCAUCAUCGGCAUCAUGGCCUUCAUCCAUUACUCGUCCUUCGACAGGUUUGACAAAACCUUUGCUGCAGGCAUUUUGUUUUUCAUCUCAUGCUUUUUAGUGUUUCUAGCGAUGGCCGUGUACACUGGAGUGACGAUUAACUACUACGGGAAACGCUACGGGAACUAUAGGUUCUCCUGGUCUUAUAUCAUCGGCUGGGUGUCUGUGGUCCUCACCUUCUUUUCAGGUAUUUUCUAUUUUUGUGCCUAUCGGAUGCAUGAAUGCCCCCGGAGUGCAAACUCUCAUUAG